AUGGAGUGCUUGAGGGAACAAAUGCAAGAGUGGACAUACAAUAAUAGAAAGGAGGCACAAAAAUGCACAACAAGGCUGACACCAUCAUCUGAGAAAAAACUCAUAGGGAACUAUGUACAGUCAUUGCGACUAACAGUGAAACCAGCAAACCAGAACCUGUUUGAGGUGAUAGAUGAAGACAGAACAAGAAUAGUAAACUUGAAGGAGAAGACGUGCACAUGCAAUAGAUUUCAAAAAGAUGAAAUGCCAUGUAACCAUGCAGUCGCCGUCAUGAAGGACUUGAACAUAAACACAUACAACUACUGUGCACAAUACUACACAUCAAAAGCAUGGCUGCAAACAUAUGAAGAAACAGUAUACCCAUUGGAAACGUAA